CCUCUCAGGAAAUCCAUAAGCUUCCUCAACCAAUUUUAUCAUCUCUCUCUCUCUCGCUCUCGCUCAAACUUAAUUAGCAUUUAGAAGAGCUUCUUCAUUAUUCUCUCUGCUCAUUCACUGCAUUUAAUUUUCUCAUCUAAUCACAUUCAUCACAAAUUAAAUGGAACAAAUCACCAUUACCAACGGCAAGGGUAACGGCCACCUCCACCACCAGAACCACAAUGACUCAUUCUGCUUGAAAACCGCCACAACCACCAAUAAUAACGGUAGUGACCCGUUGAAUUGGGGAGUGGCCGCAGCGGCACUGAAGGGGAGCCACCUGGAUGAGGUGAAGCGCAUGGUGGCGGAGUACCGGAAGCCGGUGGUGAAGCUGGGCGGAGAGACGCUGACGAUAUCUCAGGUGGCGGCGAUCGCGGCGCACGACCAAGGUGUGACCGUUGAGCUGUCGGAAUCGGCGAGGGCGGGCGUUAAGGCCAGCAGCGAUUGGGUUAUGGACAGCAUGAACAACGGCACUGACAGUUACGGCGUCACUACCGGCUUCGGUGCCACGUCACACCGCCGAACCAAACAAGGUGGUGCUCUCCAGAAAGAGCUCAUCAGGUUCUUGAAUGCUGGAAUAUUUGGCAAUGGCACAGAAUCAAGCCACACAUUGCCACACACGGCAACGAGAGCAGCAAUGUUAGUGAGGAUCAACACUCUUCUCCAAGGCUACUCUGGCAUCAGGUUUGAAAUCUUGGAAGCCAUAACCAAGCUCUUGAACACCAACAUCACACCAUGCUUGCCACUCCGCGGCACAAUCACAGCGUCCGGGGACCUCGUCCCACUCUCAUACAUAGCGGGACUGCUCACCGGAAGGCCCAACUCGAAAGCAGUGGGGCCAUCCGGGGAGCUGCUCAAUGCCAAGGAGGCAUUCGAGUUGGCCGGAAUCAACGCCGACUUCUUUGAAUUGCAGCCUAAAGAAGGCCUUGCACUUGUCAACGGCACCGCAGUGGGUUCCGGCCUGGCCUCUAUAGUUUUGUUCGAGGCGAACGUGCUUGCGGUUUUGUCGGAAGUUCUUUCGGCUAUUUUCGCCGAAGUGAUGCAGGGUAAGCCAGAGUUCACUGAUCACUUGACUCACAAGCUAAAACACCACCCUGGCCAAAUUGAAGCAGCUGCUAUAAUGGAACACAUUUUGGAUGGAAGCUCAUACAUGAAAGCCGCUAAGAAGUUACAUGAAACGGAUCCAUUGCAGAAGCCGAAGCAAGAUCGCUACGCCCUUAGAACUUCGCCGCAAUGGCUAGGUCCUCUUGUGGAAGUGAUUAGGUUUUCAACCAAGUCGAUCGAGAGAGAGAUUAACUCUGUUAAUGACAAUCCUUUGAUUGAUGUGUCAAGGAACAAGGCCUUGCAUGGUGGUAACUUCCAAGGAACUCCAAUUGGAGUCUCCAUGGAUAACACGCGUUUGGCUUUGGCUUCCAUAGGAAAACUCAUGUUCGCGCAAUUUUCGGAACUUGUCAAUGAUUUCUAUAACAACGGCUUGCCUUCGAAUCUCUCUGCUGCUAGGAAUCCAAGCUUGGAUUACGGAUUCAAAGGUGCCGAAAUUGCAAUGGCUUCUUACUGCUCUGAGCUUCAAUACCUUGCGAAUCCGGUAACCAGCCAUGUGCAGAGUGCUGAGCAGCACAACCAGGAUGUGAACUCGUUGGGUUUGAUUUCUUCUAGAAAGACCAAUGAAGCUAUUGAGAUUCUCAAACUCAUGUCUUCCACUUUCUUGAUGGCGCUUUGCCAAGCCAUUGACUUGAGGCAUCUAGAGGAGAAUUUGAAGAACGCUGUCAAGAACACUGUCAGCUUAGUCGCCAAGAGAUCGCUUACCACCGGUGUUAACGGGGAGCUUCAUCCUUCAAGAUUUUGCGAAAAGGAUUUACUCAAAGUGGUUGAUAGGGAGCAUGUUUUCACCUACAUUGACGAUCCUUGCAGCGCUGUUUACCCGCUGAUGCAGAAACUGAGGCAAGUGCUUGUGGACCACGCUUUGGCCAAUGCAGAGAGUGAGAAGAACGCAAACACCUCCAUCUUCCAGAAGAUUGCGAUCUUCGAGGACGAGUUGAAGGCCGUGCUGCCAAAGGAGGUUGAGGGAGCUAGAAUCGCUUAUGAGAGUGGAAACUCAACGAUCCCAAACAAGAUCAAGGAAUGCAGGUCCUACCCACUUUACAGGUUUGUCAGGGAGGAAUUGGGAACCGGUAUGCUCACCGGGGAAAAGGUUAGGUCACCGGGCGAAGAAUUUGACAAGGUUUUCACAGCCAUGUGCCAGGGGAAGAUCAUUGAUCCUCUACUUGAAUGCCUUGGAGAGUGGAACGGUGCUCCUCUUCCUAUUUGUUAGUUAACUUUCGUUUUUGUUAAAGGUUAUUAAUUUGUUUUUUUGUAUUACUUUGUAUGUGCAGUAGUUCAGUAGUUUUAAUCAAACCCUUUCGAUUUGUCAAAGUGUUUGGCAAAUCAAGGUGGAAGAGCUUCAUUCUAGUUUUCCUUAUGUUAAGACAAACCUUGUAAUUUAGUGCUGCUGUUAAGAGAAUCCAAUUUGUUUGUCAAAAUGCUAGUCUUUGGGUGCCAAUGAAAUACAUGAUGCUAUUGACUUUUUCUCCAGAA